AUGGAUUCUACAGGGAUUGUAGAGACUCUACGGUACAGCCGACAAGUAGCUCCGGGACUCAACCGACCGAAGCCAGCACAUCAGUCAGCUCAACGCGUGCUACUUUACAGACUCCGGAACCUUCUAGCACAUCGACGACUAGCACUGGCUCGACGCCAGCUAUCUCAACGUCAAGCCCAGCUGGCUCAUCUACGACUUCGACUAGCACGAGCACUGUUAAUCGUCAACGAAUAUCCAUUCCACUCCCGAGGCCACCACAACUUCCGCUUCAACUACAUCCCCUUCUACCUCGAUUCCAAGGUCAACAGAGAAUCCCUUUGGAUCGUCGACAAUCAUUCAUUCCACUUUCGAGGUCACCACAACUUCCGCUUCAACCACAGUUUCUCCUUCAUCGGCGCCAUCGACAUCUGGAACUCAGCAAUCGUCAUCGGGACCAAGCUCAACCUCAACAUCGCAAAACCCGAGCUCUUCCACAGGAUCACAGCCAAGAUCUGUUGCUACCACCACACAGAGUACCACAUCAACGACUCAAGGCUCCAGCACAUCAAAUUCAGCGUCAACGAGCGCUCCAGUGCCAAGCUCACAGACAACGGAGCAUCAUCCAAAGUCGACAUCAACACUAGCGGGAAGCUCAAGCUCGCAGACAAGCGAGGCAACAACUGGUUCGAAGACGCGUCCGACUUCAGCCUCGUCUGCCCCGGGCUCGUCAUCUGGCACGGGUUCCACCAUGAGCUCAACAACCUCGAUCCCGCUGACCCAGUCGACGCGGCAGGGAAGUCCUACUUGAAACAAGCCCUGACUGUAGCGGUGUCGUCCCCAGAUCAAAAUAUUAAUACAUCCUCGAUUGGUGCUGUCUCUUUGACGCUGGAUCAGACCUCCAUUGUACAAACGAUCCUUGGGCUUUGUAAAAACUACCCGAGCGCUUCUUCAACUCCUGGGCUUACCACUGGGAUCGAGCUCGUCUGCUGCGGCUACAACUGGGUCAUCGGAGCUGCCAUCCAGUCCCAGCUCGGUUCCCACGACAACCAACCUAACAUUGCGUCAACUGGCCAGACCUCAUCACCGCAGGGCUCAAGCACUUCACCGGCGCCUAGCACGAUCGGGUCGAGUAUCGGAACCACGGCGACCAGUUUAGGUGGCUCGACGGUUACUGUGGUCUCGUCCACAAGCCCGGCUUCAACUGUCUUGCCCAAUGGCUCCAGUACGCCUCCCAGCACCUCCUUACUCUACUGUAUCCACGGGACCAAGUACGUCCCAGUCUUCCGCGUCCUCAACAGCUACUCGAGCUACUGUAAUCUCGGGAUCAAUUCGGGCACUUCUGCCCCGACUGAGGGCACCGGCUCGACCUUGACGGCUGGAAGUACGCCUAAUCCUACCCAAAACACGACGCAAAAUACGGCCACGGCGAAUUCGGCGAGUACAAGUAGCGGACCUAUCGGCUCCACUGGGACAUCAGUUGCUAGAUCAUCUAGUACGACUCACAUUGCAACGUCUGAGCAGACAGCCGCUAGCUCAAAUACAGAGCCAGGCGCGUCGUCCUCAACCACGACAGAGUGGACUCCGACAUCCGGACCGGGAAAUUCAACAAGCUCUGGGACGACAGCCACAAGUGCCAGCACAGGCUCAAACGGCUGGACGACUAGUUCUGAGCCGUCGACCGCUUCAUCAUCAGGCCCUCAAAGAACAAAAUGCACUGCGCUGUUUUAUAUCGAUGCUUCUACGGCGGCCGUGGCUUUGAAUGUGACGGAAUCCGAGAAGAACUUUAUCCUUAAUAUCGGCGAAACAUUGUAUCCAGAUACCACGAUAGAGCUACACGUGGCUCUUGCAGCCUAUGGAGACGAUGAUUUUGAUCAGAAACCGGACGUGGACACUACGGAUCGGGACAUAAAAGGAUUAACUGUUGAUCUGGCACACGCAAUUGCCUAUUUGAACAAGAUUAGUGAGAAGUUGGCAAACGUGGUCGUAGUCCUAUUUACUGCGAGCAAUCAGGACAUCAUUGACGGUGCGACUGGCUCCAAUUCACAUGCCGCGUGGACGAUAGGGUUGGCUUUGUCCGGACAAAACUUGACCGGAAUUGCGGUCGAGAGUGCUGUUUUAACAAUGAAAGAUCAGACGGCUUCUAUGCUGAAAACGAUGUGUUUGAGUGGAAUUACUACAACUGCAGCGUCAGGAACUGGCUCGGCCUAUAUUGGUGAAGCAUUGUAUCCAGAUGGCUCGAUCGAACUUAUCGCGGCUCUUGCCGCCUAUGGAGAUGAUGACUUUGACCAGAAACCGGACGUGGACACUACCGAUGUAGACCUAGUAAAUUUAACUGCUGACCUGGAUCAGUAUAGAUUCGAAGCUCCAAACGAUGACAAUGUUAAAAAUGCAAUCCGCUAUCUCAAUCAAAUCGAAGCCAAGCUAAACAACAUUGUCGUGGUCCUAAUGACAGCAAGUAACCAAGAUAUCAUCGACAGUGCGUCUGGCUCCAAUCAACAUGCCUCGUGGACGAUAGGGCUGGCUUUAUCCGGACAAAACUUGACUGGAAUUGCGGUGGAGAGCGCUGAUUUGACAAUGAAAGAUCAGACGGCUUCUCUGCUGAAAACGAUGUGCUUGAAUGCAGCAACCCCGAUUUCGGCAUUAGGAAUGGGCUCGACC